AAUCUGAACCGCGGUACAGAGUGGUGACUACGAACUUCCGUCAAAAUUGAAUAAGUUACACCCUGGUGGGCUGGUCGACCAUUCUUGUAGGCAGUAGUUUGCGCUAGUAUCUACUUCCCUAGCUGCCAUGCUGGCAGCUCUAAAGCCGUGCUUACCACGGCGCCUAGAUCGUGUCCUCUGCACCGCAUUGCACCCUUCCGCAUCGCACCGCUCGCUGCAGCCGGUCCAGUACCGAGUCUUACUUCUCUGGGAUCAGGCGCAGGCCGCCGUCGGAACCGCAUGGAGCCGCGGCUUUUCCGCAAAUUCCGGCGGAGAUUCCCGGGAGGGAAGUAAUACAGGAAGUAAGGAAGGGGAUUCAGCUGCGGAUGCGGCGAACGCAGGCGGGAAGGGGGCUUCAGUGAAAGGGGGCCUGGAGGCGGAGGCCGUUGCGGAAGGCGGAGGGGAAUCCGCGCGCUUGGCGGAAGCAUCGGCGGAAGGGGCGGGGGAAGCGGCGGGGGAGGCCGCAAGCGAGGCAUCGGCGGAAGCAGUGGGGGAGGAAGUAGCAGCAGAUGCCGUCACGCAUGCAGGCUACCAUGGCGCGAGGCGCGGCCGCUUUAGGCGGCGUGAUUCGCGGAUCAAGGCCGCCACGGAAAUCACCGGAGAGUCUUCCGCUUCUUCCGCUCCCGCUGCAGCGGCUGCGAACGCGGAGGCGGCGGCUGCGCAGGGGGAGAAUGCGCUGGCGGGGAAUGGCGGGGGGGAGAAUCCUGCCCCGUCCGCGGGAGGCGGAGCGGAUUUUGUGAUGGGGGAAGGCGCAGCGGGGGAAGGGGGGUUGGCGGGGGAUGGUGAAGAGACGUCCAUUGUACCCGCGGGUCCGCGCCCAGAGCACUUUCCGAAAGUGCUUGCGAUUCCGCUCACGCGCAGACCGCUAUUCCCUGGCUUCUACGUCCCCGUUACAGUCAAGAACCCCAAGCUGGUGCAGGCGCUGCAGGCGCUCAAGGCGCAAGGGACGCCGUACGUUGGUGCGUUCCUGGUCAAGGACGAACACACCGCCGCUGCCGGUGCUGCUGCUGCUGCUGCCGCUGCGGGUGCUAAUCCUUCAGGAGGGGCAGGAGAAGCAGUGGGCGGGAAUGCAGCCACGAGCAGCAGCGGCAGCAGCGGCAGCGUUGGGCGGCGGGAGCUGGGUCCAGAGAGAAGUGACGGCGUGGAGGAGGAGUGGGGCGGGGCCAUGGCAGGCGGAGGGGAAGGGGGGGCGGCGGGGGAGGCAGGGGGGGGAGCGGAGGGGGCGGGGGAGGGGGCGGGGGAGUUGGGAGGUGGUGGAGGAGGGGAGGGGUUUAUCAAGGGGCAGGAGCUGUACAACAGACUGCACGAGACAGGGACGUUCGCCCAGGUGAUGCAAGUGAUCAAGCCACUGGACGGGGACUCGGCUCAAGUGCUGCUGAUGGGGCACCGGCGACUGCGGCUCACAGGCAUGGUGGCUGAGGACCCCCUCACAGUCACUGUGGACCACGUCAAGGAUCUGCCCUACGACAGCAACAGCGUGAUGAUCAAGGCAACAGUGAUGGAAGUCGUGAGCACGCUCAAGGACCUCGUGAGGCACAACCCGCUCUACAAGGAGCACAUCGCCAUGUUCGUGCAGCACGUGGGCGAGUUCAACGCGUCAAGAAUGGCGGACUUUGGCGCUGCACUGACCACUGCGGAUGAACCCACGUUGCAGGCAGUUUUGGAAGAGCUGGAUGUGGGCAAGCGUCUGACCCUCGCCCUCAUGCUGCUUAAAAAGGAGCUGGAGCUCGCAAAGCUGCAGGCGAACAUAGCCAAGGGCGUGGAGGAGAAGAUAGCUGGCGAGAACCGCAAGUACAUGCUGAUGGAGCAGCUCAAAGCGAUCAAGAAGGAGCUGGGGCUUGAGAAGGACGACAAGACUGCACUGAUAGGUCGGUUCAGGGAGAAGCUUCAGCCGUUUCAGAAGAACUGCCCGCCGGCCGCCCUGCAGGUGAUAGAGGACGAGAUUGCCAAGCUGCAGGGGCUGGAGGCGAGCUCAUCGGAGUUCAACGUGACCAGGAACUAUCUAGACUGGCUCACUUCGAUUCCAUGGGGCCAUCACAGUGCGGAGAACCUGGACGUGGUGCGUGCGCAGCAGGUGCUGGAUGCGGACCACUACGGGCUGACGGAUGUGAAGGAGCGGAUUCUUGAGUUCAUUGCCGUGGGGCGGCUCAAGGGGAGCACUCAUGGCAAGAUCAUCUGCCUGGUUGGCCCCCCCGGUGUGGGCAAGACGUCUAUCGGACGAUCCAUCGCCAACGCCCUGGACCGCAAGUUCUACCGGUUCUCAGUGGGAGGGCUGUCUGACGUGGCAGAGAUCAAGGGCCAUCGUCGCACGUACGUCGGGGCAAUGCCAGGCAAGAUGGUGCAGUGCCUCAAGUCCACCGGGGUGGCGAAUCCUCUCGUGCUCAUUGAUGAGAUUGAUAAGCUUGGUCGCGGCCAUGCGGGCGAUCCAGCAGGAGCGCUCUUGGAGAUGCUGGAUCCGGAGCAGAACUCGUCCUUCCUCGACCACUACCUCGACGUGCCGCUGGACCUCUCAAAGGUGCUGUUUGUGUGCACGGCCAACAUGCUCGAGACCAUCCCUGCCCCCCUGUUGGACCGUAUGGAGGUGAUUCGCCUGGUGGGUUACAUCUCGGACGAGAAGACCCACAUUGCCAGGGGGUAUCUGGAACCAGCGGCUCGCACUGGGUGCGGUUUGAAGGAGGAGCAGGUCCUCGUUACAGACAGUGCGCUGCACUCUCUUAUCGAGACUUACUGCAGAGAGGCGGGAGUGCGGAACCUGCAGAAGCACAUUGAGAGGAUCUACCGCAAGGUGGCGCUGAAGAUAGUGCGGAGGGAAGGGGAGAGGGAGGAGCAGAAGAAGGUAGCAGAGGCGGCAGCAGCAGGCUUACUGGAGGUUGGGGUGGAAGAGACAGGCGCAAUCACGAGCAGUACUAGCAGCAGCGAGAGCAUUGGAAGCAGCAGCAGCAGCAGCAGCAAGAAAGAUAGUAUGGAUAUAGCGGAGAAGAUUAUGGAGGGGACGGAGGGGGCUCUGGACCUAGUGACACGGCUGUCGAAUGAUGGCGAUGGGGGAGAGGGGGAGAGGAGGGGCGAGGAGGAGGGAGAGGGAAAGAAGGAGUGGGAGGAGAAGAAGGGGGGAAAGACCAAGGGGAAGGAGGGUGAAGAGAGAGAGGAGAAGGAAGGGAAGGAGGAGAAGGAGGGGGGGAAGGGUGAGGACAGGGAGGAGGCUGAUACGAAGAAGGAUAGGAUAGUGAUAGAUGAGGGGGGCCUGGUUGAGUAUGUGGGGCAGCCGGUGUUCCAGAGCGAGCGCAUGUACGAUGAAACGCCAGUGGGGGUGGUGAUGGGGCUGGCGUGGACGGCAAUGGGUGGUUCUACUCUCUAUGUGGAAGCCACGGUCAUUGAGCAGACAGGAGAGCGAGGCAGUCUAGAGCUGACCGGGCAACUGGGCGACGUGAUGAAGGAGAGUGCCACCAUCGCCCACACGGUGGCCCGGCAGAUUCUGGGCCGAGCCGACCCUGGGAAUGACUUUUUCAAGAAGACGCGCAUGCACAUGCACGUGCCGGCCGGGGCCACGCCCAAGGACGGGCCGAGCGCAGGUUGCACGAUGAUCACUGCCAUGCUGUCGCUGGCGCUGGGGAAGCAUGUGAAGGCGGACCUGGCGAUGACUGGAGAAGUCACUCUUACAGGGAGGGUGCUUCCUAUCGGGGGGGUGAAGGAGAAGACCAUCGCUGCCAGGCGCAACGGGGUGAAGGUGCUGGUAUUCCCUAAGGCCAACCGCAAGGACUAUGAGGAGCUGCCAGAGCAUGUGAGGCAGGGGCUGGAUGCGUGGUUUGUGGACCACUACGAUGAAAUAUUUGAGCUCGCGUUUGGACGGGGAGUGGGAGAGGUGGACGUGGUAGCUGAUGCGGUGGCUGAGGAGCCGCAGCGGGAGAAGACAGGGGGUAUUAUUGCAUCGUGAUGCAGCGGCUGGAGCCAAUGUGGUUGCUCUGGAGCCACAAAGGGGGACAAGUGGUGCUGUCAAUGGAUCCUUAAUAUGGUAACUACCAGUAGUGGUCAACAUGCGGUCAUUUUCGAGAGUUAGAAUGGUCGAUGUGUUCGCUGAUGAGGCCGGCCUGGAGGCAGAUGGGGGAACAUGGUGUUCUGUCUGUCAUAGCUUAGUCACAUGUGUAAGUUGUAAUGACAAGUAUGCCACUGGCAAUGUGAAGCUGUUU